GCGCGCAGACCGGUUGUCAGUUAGGUCUAUGUCACUUUGUCUGGCGGCAGAAUAAUGUCUUGCAACAAAGAAAAAUUAGUUCUGAUGCGCGUCAUGGAGAUGUACAGAGACAUGACAUACUUAUGGCAGAGAGACCAUGAACUUUACAUGAACAGAGAAAUGAGAGAAGAAGGCUUCAAAGUUUUAUUGGAAGUGUACAAAAAUUUUGACAAAGACGCAGCCAUAAAAAAAAUUAAACGGAAAAUUGAAAAUAUGCGUACAACUUACGUGAGAGAGUUGAGAAAGGUUAGGGCAUCAAAGCAAACAGCUUCAGGAGAGAACCAGGUGUACGUACCAACCCUGUGGUAUUAUGAUGAACUAAGUUUCCUAGAUAAUACAAUUGAGAACGUAGAACAUUGUCGCACCGAACCCGACCCUUCUGAAAAUGAUAAUUCAUCGGAAGACGAAGCACCUUUAAUUGUUGCCAAAUCUAGCAGCCUACAGAAAAGAAUAAAAAAAGAUCCUCUAUUUCAAAAACAAGAAAACAUUUUUUUACCGGUAGAAACAUGUACGACUCAAAAAGUACCGGUAGAAGCGUUCAUGGCUCAAAAAUUACCUGUUGAAACCUGUUUGGCUCAAAUAGAUGACGAAUUUGAGGCAUACGGACGAUCUAUUGGCUUUCAAAUGAAAAAUUUGAAUAAACGACAGUUGACGAUCGCACAAAAAAUUAUAUCAGACGUUCUGUUUUACGCUAAACUUGAUCAACUUUCUGAAACGUCUUACGUCGUUCGUAAGUCAUCAAAUGAAUCUGGAACUAGCCACAGCGGACUUAACCAGCGCCAAAAUCAGGUUUAUUCGGUGAAUAUGCCUAUGCCUAUUAAAUCUUCGCCGCCAUCAAAUUAUUCAUCACCUUCACCGUCGCACCAAACCUAAUCACCUUAGCGUUCUUUUCCACACUAAUUAUGGCUUAUUACUGUAUUUGAUACAUUUGGGCAGAUCCCGCACUCGGGCAUCGAAAUCGGCCAGUAUAAGCUCAUCAUAUGCCCACAGACUUCGCCAUAUAUUUUAUACUACACCUACCCGAUGAAGCGAACCCGAUAGAUUGGGUAGUGUAACACCCUUAACCUCUCAUAUGCCGAGAUACCAGACACAAUAGAUUUUACAUUGUGUCUGGUCGAGAUCCGCGUUCCGGCGUUUAAGGGGUUAACUUGACAACGCCACAGCGUCGUUUCCCCCAACCGUUAUUUAUCAGAUGCAAACUCAGCGUAAACGCAAAAAUAAGGUAAUGAAGGAAUUAUAAAAUUACUUACAAUAAAAUAUUUUUAAUAA